AAAAAGAAAUUUAACUCUGCUCUCUCUCUCUGUAUAUAUAUAUAUAUAUAAAUUAUAAUCGUAAUUUUUCAUUUGUUGAUUCUGUAGAGAAAUUCAAAGAGAGACGACACUGUAUAACUACUGAGUACUCGCAUAUAGAGAAGCAAUGUCGGGAGGAAUAGCUAGAGGUCGUCUUGCUGAGGAGCGGAAGGCUUGGCGGAAAAACCAUCCUCAUGGUUUUGUGGCGAAGCCUGAAACGCUGCCGGAUGGGACGGUGAAUUUGAUGGCGUGGCAUUGUACUAUACCUGGGAAAGCUAGUACUGAUUGGGAGGGUGGUUUCUUUCCGCUUACGCUGCACUUCAGUGAAGACUAUCCCAGCAAGCCACCAAAAUGUAAAUUUCCUCAAGGUUUCUUUCAUCCUAAUGUCUACCCAUCAGGAACUGUCUGCUUGUCAAUCCUUAAUGAGGAUAGUGGGUGGAGACCAGCCAUCACUGUGAAGCAAAUUUUAGUUGGUAUACAGGAUCUGCUGGACCAGCCAAAUCCUGCUGAUCCUGCUCAAACUGAAGGUUAUCAUCUAUUUAUUCAGGAUCUUACGGAGUACAAGAAAAGGGUACGCCAGCAAGCUAAGCAAUACCCCCCUCUUGUGUAAUGUGAAAACUACCUUUAGGAACUACUUGUUCUCUGGUAACUCUAUAUGUUGCCCUGCAAUUGUGUAAUGCUAAACUAGCUCUUGCUGGAAAAUUGAUGGCCUUUGUGUGUGACGACUUGGUUGAACCGUCGUUUAGCUCCAAAAUUUGGGUUAAAUUUUGUUGAUAUGCUACAGUAUAUCAGUCAGCCAGAGUUUUACUCAUUGGUGUUUAUAUGAGUUGAAAAAUUUAACAUUGGAGUUUUAAGUUAUUGAAAAUUUGAAAUGUCUUUCAUGUGAUUGCA